GCUGACUGGGACCCUCCGCCCCCGUAAUUCGAGCGAAGCGCACCGCCUCGUUCUCUCUCUGGGAUGUCUAUGAAGAGCCACUUCACGCAGACUAAUACGCAACGUUAGCCUAGGGAGGUAAAAGUGAGAGAAGUGUUACUAUUCCGCCUCAUUUCCAGCGGAGUGCGACUCUAACCAGCCUCCUCCUGUAGGAAACUCCGGCCCGAGGAGCGUACAGCAUAGCUCAGGCAGGCGCUCUCGUAGUCCAGGGGUCGGAGCAAGAGGCGCGGCCCCCGCGAUACCCGCCCCCUGUCUCCUCCUCUCCGCUCCUCCUCCAGCCACAGAGCCCAAGCUUCAGGAGGAGAAAGCAGCCGCGAUAGCCUUUGGAGAGUUUCCCGGGGCAGCUGUGCGCGGGGGGGCCAGCGGGAAAGGGGGUGUCCGAUCGCAGCGCCUGGAACUCCUUCCCUGGUCUUGGCACGGUCUUUAAAAUUCGGCGAUCUGGAUCAAGUGGCAGAAUAACUUUGAGCAACCGUCCAUCAUGAACGCAUUUAAUAAAGGCUGAAAGGAGUACAAGAAGACCAUGGGGAAUUCGUAUGCAGGGCAACUGAAAUCUGCCCGCUUUGAAGAAGCCCUUCACAACUCUAUAGAGGCCUCUCUAAGAUGCAACAGUGCUGUUCCACGGCCCAUUUUCUCCCAGCUCUAUCUUGAUCCUGACCAGCCUAUUAUUUCCCCGGAAGGUAACCAAGCAAAUGUGAAACCAAAAGUGGAAGACCUGGACAAAGAACUGAUGCAUCGUUACACCCAGAAUGGAAGCUUAGAUUUUUCUACUAGCCAGACUGCUAAUGAAGUGGAGGAAGAUGAGGAAGAUGAAGAUAUGUCUGAUUCCAAUAGUCCACCAAUCCCGUACGCACAAAAACCUGCCCCAGAAGGGUCUUGCACUACUGAUGGUUUUUGUCAAGCAGGCAAAGAUUUGCGGUUAGUAUCGUUGUGUAUGGAACAGAUCGAUAUCCCAGCAGGUUUCCUUUUGGUAGGAGCCAAGUCUCCAAAUCUUCCUGAGCACAUUCUAGUCUGUGCUGUUGACAAGAGGUUCUUGCCAGAUGUCCAUGGAAAAAAUGCACUUUUAGGUUUUUCUGGAAACUGCAUAGGGUGUGGAGAAAGAGGAUUUCGAUAUUUCACUGAAUUUUCCAACCAUAUUAACCUGAAGCUCACCACUCAGCCAAAGAAGCAGAAGCACUUAAAGUACUACCUAGUAAGAAACUCCCAAGGUGUGCUGUCAAAGGGACCCCUUAUAUGCUGGAAAGAAUGUAGAAGCAGGCAAUCUUCUGCUGCUAGCCAUUCUGCUAAACCUAACCCUUCAGCAUCUCCAUCCACGACUCCUGAGAGUGGAGCAGCCAAUGGAUACAAACCAGGGUUCAGUCAGACAGACUCUUCGAUGUUCAGUCCAGCACAAUCUUCCUCUGCUGUUAAUUUAAGUGGAACUCAAGACUUAACUCGGAAUAAGAACAUAGUGAGACCACUAGCUUUGCCUGUUCAACUCGUAGGAAAGACAUUUGCAACAGCUCCUCUGUCUUUGCGUGCCACUGAUGUUGCUAGUGCUAACAAUAAUGGAGGAAGGACUAAUGUGAUGAGCUCUACAAUCUCCCGGUCUGUUCCUCACUCAAUGUCUCCAGGCCCUAGCUGUGUAGCUGGGGAGCAAGCAUCCAUGUCUAGUUCUGGGCCUCCAAAGAAACGACAUCGGGGAUGGUCUCCUGGCUCACCAGUACCUCCUUCUGGUUUAGUUGUGCCUGUUCCUGCCAUUCGGCCUCUUCCAAGAGCAGAGCCUCUUUUGUCAGUCCCAGUUCCUCAAUCAAUGUUAACUGGAAUUUUACAGCCUCAGCCCAUCCCUGCAGGGGAGACUGUAAUAGUUCCUGAAAAUCUACUGAACAACUCAGGAGUAAGACCAGUGAUUCUGAUAGGUUAUGGCACUUUACCCUAUUUCUAUGGAAAUGUUGGAGACAUUGUAGUAAGUCCCUUGCUAGUAAAUUGCUACAAGGUUCCACAGCUGGAAAACAAGGAUUUGGACCUUUUUGGAUUGACUGGGAGUCAGUUACUAAGUGUGGAGAACAUGAUUAUUUUGACAAUACAGUAUCUAGUUCGGCUAGGUCCUGAUAAGAUACCUCUCAGAGAAGAAUUUGAACAAAUCAUGCUGAAAGCUAUGCAGGAGUUUACUCUGAGAGAGCAGUCCUUACAAAUGAGUGCUCAGUGCAUCUCCUUGUCACCAGCUCAACUCCCAUGGCUUGCCAGGUUAAUUGCCAGCGUCUCCCAGGACAUGGUGCAUGUGGUGGUUACUCAGAAUUCUCUGGCUGAAGGCAUUUCAGAAACGCUGCGUUCUCUGAGUGAAGUGAAACGCCAACAAAGGCUGCCCGAUUACGUUGUUGCAAUCUGCACAUCGAAGAUCAGAGGAAAUGAGUUCUGCGUAGUAGUCUUAGGUCAAUAUCAGUCUAGAGCACUGGCAGAGAGCAUGCUUACUACCAGUGAGUUUUUAAAGGAGAUCAGUUAUGAGCUCAUCACAGGAAAAGUUAGCUUUCUGGCAUCACAUUUCAAGAACACAUCUUUAGGUGACGAAUUGGACAAGUUGCUAGAGACAAUGCAACAGAGACGAGGAGAUAACGUUGUAAUCCCGUUCAAUGGAGAUGUUAAUGAAUGUGUAUCAUCUCAAGAAGCAGCUGCCAUGGUUUCCACCCAAGAAUUGGAUUUGGACACUGAAACCUUCCAGAUCUAUCAGCCACAGCUCACAAUUGCCAGAAAGCUCUUGUCGCAGGUAUGUGCCAUAGCAGAUAGUGGCAACCAAAGCCUGGAUCUGGGCCACUUCAGCAAAGUAGAUUUCAUCGUUGUAGUCCCUCGUUCAGAGGUGCUGGUCCAACAAACAAUUCAACGGAUUCGACAAUCAGGCGUUCUUGUAGACUUGGGCCUUGAAGAAAAUGGAACAGCUUACCAAAGAGCUGAAAAAUAUGUGGUGCGGUUAGACAAUGAGAUUCAAACCAAGUUUGAAGUUUUCAUGAGGCGGGUGAAGCAGAAUCCAUACACUCUCUUUGUGCUGGUUCAUGACAAUGCCCAUGUGGAUUUAACAAGUGCCAUCUCAAGCUCUCUAUCUCACGGAGAGCCCAGUCAUGGACUUGCUGAUAGAGUAAUAAAUUGCAGAGAGGUCCUUGAAGCUUUCAACCUCCUUGUCCUGCAAGUCAGUUCUUUCCCAUACGCUCUUCAAACUCUGCAGUCCAGAAUCAGCUCUGCCAAUGAAGUUCACUGGAUACAAUUUGGGAAUAUGGAGGAACUAACCCAAGAUGAGAAGUUAUAUUUUGGCUUGAAUGAAUACAGCAAAUCUUUGCAGUGGGGGAUCACAAGCCCUCUUCUGAGAUGUGAUGAAACCUUUGAAAAAAUGGUGAACACACUCUUAGAAAGGUACCCCAGGCUGCACAGCAUGGUGAUUCGCUGCUAUCUGCUUAUUCAGCAGUAUUUGGAAGCCUUGAUGGCUCUCACCACGAUGGUUUCACUCAGAGACCACAGCACACCGGAAACUCUCAGCAUAGUGGAUGAUAUUAUCACGGCACCUGGCAAGGAUAAGAAUGGUCGCGGCCACAUGCUUGUUAUCAGGAUUCCCUCCGUGCAACUGGCAAUGCUGGCAAAAGAGAGGCUGCAAGAAGCACGAAAUAAACUAGGUCUCCAAUAUCGUUUUGAGAUCAUCUUGGGGAACCCAGCUUCAGAACUCAUUGUUGCCAAGCACUUUGUGAAGCGAUUAAAGGCAUGGAGAGGAAAUGAACGAGAGGACUGGUUUCCUCAUACUUACCAGGAUUUAGAAGGUCUACCCUGUAUUGUUGUGUUAACUGGCAAAGACCCACUAGGGGAAACGUUUCCUAGGUCCUUGAAGUAUUGUGAUCUCCGGCUGAUUGACUCAAGCUAUUUAACUCGCACGGCCUUAGAACAAGAAGUGGGCCUGGCAUGCUGCUAUGUUUCAAGGGAGGCAAUCCGAGGGCCCAUUGUGGCUCUUGACCUUAGCGAGAAGGAGCAGGAGAAGGCUAGUGUUGGCGAGAAUGAUGCUGAUGAGCUGCUGAUUGACUUGGAGAGGCCCCAGAGUAACAGCAGUGCUGUGACUGGAACCUCAGGUUCUAUAGCUGAAAACGGCGUGAGUUCCUCCAGUGCCACAGACAAGUCUCAGAAGCCAGCAGCAUCCCUUAACUUUCAGAAUGUGGCCAACAGUUCAGUUGAUGAAGGCUUCACUGCUGGGGAAACCCUGAAGCAAGAAUGUGACUCUCUAGGAAAUCAGAUAGCAAGCAGUACCACUUCAAAAUUGUCAGCAGCAUCCUCUUCUGUAAGCCAGACAUUUCGAUGGCCUAGCCAGCCUAUGAAAGAAUGCAAGGCCUUUCGGAUGUCCUUACCUCGGAUUGUGAUCUUGUCUAAAGCUGCCUAUUGCCUCCUAGGCCCACAGAAAAGUGGGCAACAGCCUUUCUCCUCUUCUCUCUUGCCUCAUGGUGAUGUGUCGUGGGUGAGUUCACUGAGACCUUUGCUGCACAAGGACAUGACCACUGAGGAACAGUCUUUGUACUACAGGCAGUGGACCUCAGCCCGGCAACACCAUGCAGACUACAGCAAUCAUGGUGAAGCCACCAGCAGUAGGAGCUUUCAUCCACGGAGGCUACUUCUGACAGGACCUCCACAGGUGGGGAAAACUGGCUCUUACUUGCAGUUCCUACGGAUUCUGUUUCGCAUGCUGAUCAGAUUACUAGAGGUGGAUGUGUAUGAUGAGGAAGAAAUUAAUACAAAUCAUACAGAGGACAAUGAAAUUGCCAGGUUGAGCAAUGAUCAAUGGCCUGAUGUUGAAACAGUCAGUAAAAUGUCUUUCGAUCUCAGCGUGCAUGAUCCUAAAUACAUCCUUAUGAGCCCAGUGUAUACAGAGCAGCUGCAAAGAAUAAAACAACAACCAAGCAAGGAAAUCAAAGCUGAGGAGCCCAGGAAACGGGACACUGUGUCUAUGAUGUUAACGAAGUAUGCAGCUUACAAUACUUUUCAUCACUGUGAACAGUGCCAUCAAUAUAUGGACAUAAAUCCUUCAGCUCCAAUGUCUGACUCCACCCUGCAUGCAUUUACAUUUUCAUCUUCAAUAUUAGGAGAAGAGAUUCAGCUACAUUUUAUAAUUCCCAAGUCCAAAGAGAGCUAUUUUGUCUUCAGCAAGCAAGGCAAGCAUCUGGAAAGCAUGCGUCUUCCUCUUGUUUCUGAUAAGAAUUUAAAUGCGGUAAAAAGUCCUAUUUUCACUCCUUCAAGUGGGCGCCAUGAACAUGGUCUCUUAAACCUCUAUCAUGCUAUGGAAGGCAUCAACCACCUCCAUCUCCUUGUGGUCAAAGAAUAUGAAAUGCCACUUUACCGCAAGUAUUGGCCCAAUCAUAUCAUGCUGGUUUUGCCCGGCAUGUUCAACAAUGCUGGCGUUGGUGCAGCCAGGUUUCUUAUUAAGGAGCUUUCUUACCAUAACUUGGAACUGGAGAGAAACCGUUUGGAGGAAUUAGGAGUCAAACGGCAGUGUGUCUGGCCAUUCAUUGUUGUCAUGGAUGAUUCUUGUGUCUUAUGGAAUAGUCAUGGUGUCGAAGAACAGUCCAGUCAGUCCAUGGAUCAAGGAACGACCAGUAAAAAUGUGUCUCUGAAGAGUGUUCUGCAGCAUAUUGAAGCCACACCAAAAAUGGUCCAUUAUGCAAUACUGGGCAUUCAAAAAUGGAACAGCAAGCUGAAUUCUAGGAUACCCAAAGCGCCCUUCUCCAGGUGCCACAUACAUGACUUCAUACUGCUCAACAUAGACCUCACCCAAAAUGUGCAAUAUGAUCUGAACAGGUAUUUCUGUGAAGAUGUAGAUUUUAACCUGAGAACAAACAGCAGUGGACUGCUUAUCUGUUGCUUCAACAACUUCAGUCUCAUGAAGAAACACAUCCAGGUCGGAGGGCAGAAGGACUUUGCUAUUAAGCCUAAAAUCAUGGUAUCAGAGAGCUUGACUCCAAUAAUGCCUCUUCAGUAUGUCUGUGCUCCAGACAGUGAGCACACACUCCUGGCAGCUCCAGCUCAAUUCCUCCUAGAAAAGUUCCUUCAACAUGCCACAUACAAGCUUUUCCCAAAGGCCAUCCAUAACUUCAAGAACCCUGUCUUGGCCAUUGACUGCUAUCUGAACAUUGGACCUGAGGUAGCUCUCUGCUAUGUGAGCUCACGGCCACACUCUGUGAACGUCAACUGUGAAAACGUGUUUUUCAGUGGACUUCUCCUGUACCUUUGUGACUCCUUUGUAGGAGCAGACUUUCUUAAGAAGUUCAAAUUCCUGAAAGGUGCAACCCUGUGUGUCAUUUGCCAAGACAGGAGCUCCUUGCGUCAAACAAUAGUCCGUUUGGAGCUAGAAGAUGAAUGGCAGUUUCGUCUCAGAGAUGAAUUUCAAACUGCUAACAGCAGUGAUGAUAAACCACUCUAUUUUCUGACUGGACGCCAUAUAUAAGCUUGAAAGGAAACAAAAUGGCAAGGAAGAAAAGAGAACCUGACAAGUUUGAUUGUGUCUAUUGCCUUCUUUCUUUUCAAGUACAAUCACAGUGGAGCAAAGUGCAACCAAUAUUUAUGUUCACUACUCUUAAGGAUUUUCCAAAAUUCUAUCCCAGUCUUGACGUGUUGUUCUGUUCUUUUAUGAGUGACAGAGCAUUGAUGCCAGUGAAUUCUUCAUGGGUCCUUGUUACAGAAGCUAUUACAAUGGCACACCCACUGUGGCCCAUGAUACAGAGAAUAACAUUUUGGUGGAUGAGGAGUUGUUCUGAUCUCUGUACUAUACUAAACAGGGGAGAUGAAACUGACUUUCGGCAUCUGUCAGCUUGAACAUGUUAAAUGAGAUUCACACUAAGAAUGUAGAAUUGUUUGAAGAUAAUAUGCUGAGGAAUGCUGUCCAUUUCUCUUCAUGUCUGUACUUUUGGUACGGUAAAACUCAGGGGUUUGAAAUGACAUAGAUAUAUGUGUUAAAGAGUAAUCUUUGUUCACUUUCUGUGCAGUGUUAGCUUAAGGUUUGUAAUUUUAUAUGUAUUGAAACUGUUUUGGCAAAAUUUCCACAGAAGUUAAAAAGUUUACUAUGUAAGUCUGAACAAAUCAAUGAAUGUAUGGCAGGCAUUGUAUGCACACACAUAGGUUUGUGUAACAACCUUUAUUUUCCACACUUGGGAACCAUUAUUGGUCUGGAUCCAAUGCCUGGAUAGUGCUGAUCACCUGUCUGGAGGAAGGUGGUGUCUGGAUUCCAUCUCGCUCCCUCAGGUCGUCAGCUUUUUUCCUUCUGGCAGCAUAUAUGGCAUCGGAUCUAGAAAAACAAGCCACGUGCAGAAACCCCUUUCACCAUAUGGAUCAUCCUUAUCUGUGGUUUAAAAAGUGUCUGAUCAGCACGCCUAAGUGGAUUUGUUAUGCAUAUUGUCUCCUCGGUAUAUUUAAACUUUACCAAAUGGAUUUCAGUCCUCAGUACUAACAAAAAUAUUUUGAAGUGAUUAAUCAACCUUCUAGCUUGUUCUUAUACAGCAAAAAUUCACUGAAGGAACAGCAGAAUCCUCGAAUUCCUUUUGCAGUAGGUGCCUCACUUACUUCAACUUUCUUUAGUCCUUGGGGUAAAGAAUGCUACUUUUGUUCUUUUGAGAACUGUUACCAUCCCAUGUAGAAUAAGUAGAUCUUAGAACAGGGAUGAUGGGGCUUACUAUUUUAUGACGUAGUGACUGAAACAACCGAAGCUACAAGCUAGGAGAGCUAACAAGUCUUUAAAAAUCACUUUCAAGUGAGUUGGGACCAACAGGAGCCUGUUGUUCUUAUAAUGGUCUUAAACUACCUGGAAAAGCUGACUAACUUAUUUUAAAUACUAAGGCCUCAAACCAGUUGAGCACAGAUACAGCAUCCAUAUGCAGAGAAGUUCUGCUGGGCUCAAGAGAGCAGUUUUCCCAUUUCCUCAGUCAAUGUGAAAGCAGAAUACAUUAGUGCAAUGGGAGGUCCAUAAAAGCCUCCCAUAAUAUCCCCAGCCAACCCUCCAUGAUUUUUAUUGUAUAACUGUAUUUUAAAAUAUUCUAAAUUGAUGAAGUGAAGUAAUAAUCCAAAAUGUUACAUUUGUUCCUGAGCUGAAUUUUAUCUGUUGCUGUUUUGUAACUUUUUCCUUUUAUGCUUUUCUGCAAAAAUUAAAAAUAAAAUGCAUAGGAGGAAGAAGCCCUCCAUGUCUGUGCCAUGCAAGUUAGAAGCAUAAGCUGCCUUAUAUUGUGUUGGGCCAGAGGCCCAUUGAGCUCAGUAUUGUCUGUAACAGAAGUAGGCAACUGUGGCUUUCCAGCUGUUGUUGAAUUCCCAUCAUUCCCAGCCAGUUUGUUGUGACUGGGGAUGAUGGGAGUUGUAGUGCAACAGCUGGAGAGCCCCAGUUGCCUACACCAGGUCUAUACUGACUAUACGUCUCCAAGGUUGCAAACAAGAAUCUUUCCCAGUGCUUACCUGGAGAUAGUGGGGAUUGAACCUGGGCCUUCUGCAUGCAAAGCAGAUGCUCUACCACUGAGCUACUGCUCCAUCCUCAAAGAUGGCACACAUGGGUCUCCCAUCCAGGUACUAACCACACCAAGAACUACUUUGCUUCAGCAAUAUCAUGUGCCCUCAGAUCCUACUCUGGGACCCUGCAGAAUUACUUGCUCCAGAACACAAUUUACAUGGCACAGGGUUGGAUGGGGGCAUUUGAAGUGUGCACAGGCAAUGCUUCCCUACUGCAGCAUGGUUGUGUUGGUGGGGGAAAUGAGGAGAACAGCUCUAGUGAGCCCAGUAUAACUUCUUCAGAUGCAAGUACUGCAUGUAUGCGUGACUGGAUUGAACCCUGUGCUUUUUGUCUGUUUGAAUAAGCAAGUGUAUUAAAACAACACUAUUUCAAACAGAUGUGGUAUUGUUCCACAAUUAUAUUUUGACCAGCACUUGGUGCUGUGAUAUGUGCUGAGAAUUUAAAUGAGUUUAGUACAAUCAGGUCUUCAUUCUGCAGUUUAACAUGUAUAAAUAUUUCCUUCUUCCCCACCCACCCCCUAAUCAGACUUUUAGUUAUCCUAUAAUAUAUUAAUAGUUCUUCCUUCACUCGCACUCUUACACUUUUUCUUGUCAUCAGAUAGGUGUGUAGCCUAUUUCAUAAGUAUGAUCUAAACUCAAGCAGUAUCCUGCAAUUCAAUUAAGAAGCACCUGCCAAAAUUGCAUUUAGAACAAAGUGUUAAUCAUGCAACUUUUUUUACCUUGUGAAAGAGCUGUUUACAAAUAAUGAAAAGCAUAAUAUAUUGAUUGAAGUUGAAAAGGAGAGUAAUGGUUUUCAUACCUGUUGGUUUUGUGAUAGCUUAAUGUAAAUGUAGCAUAUUUCAAAUGAACAAUUGUUUACUUUAGUUUAGGUUAUUUGAGGGUUUUUGUACCUAUACAAAAUCUGCCUUAUACUUUAAAUACCUUAAUUUUUAUUUGGUAGAAGCUUAUCUAACAGCUGCAUUUAGAAGCUGUAAGGCCAGUGUGUUCAUUGUGCAGCCUACAAGAUGCAUGAUGAAUACCAGGGUUCUAGGGAUUACUAGGCUAAACAUAAUACCUGUGUAACAUGAAUUUGAAAAUAUCUAGACAGUUACCAUUUUAUUGCAAAUGUUUCUGGUAGAACAUUUAAAAUUUUUUUUGUACAUUUUAUGUUUGCACUAAGUUCUUAAAAUUCCAGGUGCUGAGAUGUAUAGACCCUUUGUAGAGGUACAACAAUAUCUGUAGGCUGAGAACUUAGACUAAGGGCCUUUUCACACAAUCAGGGAUUUUGGGCAAUAUAUGUAGCACUGUCUGCACGCUUCCAUCAAGGGAGAACGCUUGUAUCAGAAUUUCUGAGCAAGUGCUGUAUCCUAUACCUAGAAAGUGUCUCCUAGUUAUCACAUUCUUACCUUUUUACCUGAUGCACCAUUUUGUGGACAUCGUUUUACUACUUUUAGAUAAAAAAUUUACAUGGGCUUGCCCUCACUUGCUGGCCAACGUCUAUAUUUUGUUUUCUUAGUGCACUCCCUGUUAAACAAUUUGUGCAGAAAUAUGAAUUUCUUGACUUCAUUGUUGGAAGCAUACAAACCCAACUACUCAUUCUUACUGAGGAAUGUUUUUAUGAUUGCGUGGAAAGGCCCUGAGUACAUUUGUCUUCUUUGUUGAACAAGAACAGCUGAUUAUUCAAAAUAUCAAGAGAAAGGAAGAAGAGCUCUGUUUGAAUAUUACAUGGAGCCGUUAUGGGCAAAUGUCUUCACAAACAAAUCAUAAGGGUCCAUGUGCUACAACAAUAUGAAUUUUCUGAUAUGAGAGAUGGAAAGGAGAUCAGAAUAAGACACCAAAUGCUACCAUUUUAUUGUUUUGGUUGAAAGCCUUGCCAGCAAGGCAGUGACAUGAAUGUAUAAAAUAGGCCAGCAUUAUUUUACUUGUUGAUGUGAUAAAUAUGAAUAGCUGACCAUUCACAGGUUAAUAUAUUGAAUGCAAUCUAUGACAACAAACAAAUCAUUCAUAUUUCUGUAAUUUAUACAGUUACUAUGUGAUCUCUGAAAAGGAGUUGAAUGUUGUUUUUUUAGGACUGCUUCACACUUGAUCAGUUUCCUCUACAGGUAACCUUCUGUCUAGGGCAAAACACAACCCACAAACUGUAAAUGGAGAGAGUGUAAGGAUUAAACCAUACCCACCUGGUUUGUUACAUGAACAGUUAGCUGCAUCUUUCCACAGCAUGUGCGUGAGGCAAAUACAUCCAUCAUAUGGAAAUAUUUUCCAUAGAAAGUUCCAGAGGAUUAGGUCCUGUAGGAUGUUCAUUAGGUAUGAAGCAGUCCUUUAUGUAAAGGUCUUUUAACCAAAACUUGGUGAAUUUAGCUUCACUAGUCAGUCUACCUCACAUUUUAUUGUUUGAAGUUGUCUGCAAUUGUGGCUACUGCCUGUUUGUAAUGUUCUUUCAUUAAAUCCAAUGAAUGUUAUCACAUUACUUUCAAGCAUCUGUCCUGUUUUUUAAAAUUGAAUAAAGAAGUCUCUACAUCACA